AUGUCCUCCGACGCCGACGCCGACGCAUCGAGCGAGGGCGAAGGGGAGGGGCGAAGCGCGCGCGUGCGUCGUUUCCAACGGCCCCAGACGUCGCAAUCGCGCUCGAGGACGAAGGCGAGGGUGGUGGGACGACGAAAGUCCUCGUUCGACGAUUUGCGAGGAAUUUCACUAGCGCGCGCGCGGGCGUCGCGUUCGUGCGUCUCAGACGACGAGAGCGAGCGACAGAGUCUGAGAACGUUCGCGGGAGACGUUACGGUGAGCGACGUGGCGCGUCGGCGGGCGCUGGAGGAGAGACAUAGGAAGAUGCGCGCGCUGCCGAGAGGGUCGCGGUACGCGAAGCGACAGCUCGAGUUGAUCGACAAGGCGCUGGAGAUUCUGGGAAGGGUGAAAGCGCGAGGCGGGAAGCGGACGAGCGAAGAGGAAGAUGAGCUCGCAGGGUUACUGAAGGCCGUAAAGCUGUAG